UUUGAUGAAUUAAAAUUAUUUUACAGCAUUAUAAAAAUUAUGUGAUUUUUUGGGAGCGACUUGUAUUCAACAAUGUCACACUCACCUGUUCGUACGUUUCGUGUUUUCUCAUCUACUUCAAUCGAUGCUAAAGAUGAAAUAGAAGAAAAACUGGAAACAUGCCACUCGAAUAUCACUAAUCUAUUGUCAAACGCUACUUCGGAAAGAGAACGGCAUGACAUCCUAACAAAUCAAGUCUCCAAAGGCAAUGCAGAACAUGAUGACGUAUGCCUUGGACUAUUUGCUAUAAUAUUAGUCGAUAGGCAUCUCGGCCCGAAGGCUACUCAAGAGCUCAUGAUGGUGAACCGAGACAGUUUGAAUGUUGUACUCUCAAGAUUGAGUUUGUUAAUUUUGGAAAAGUUUAUAAAAAUUGAGGACGUGGCUCGAGCACAAAUCUUAUGGUUCAUGAACGAAUUGAUUAAAAUUAACAUUCAUGGCACUGAUGGACUUUUCAUAUCUUUAAUGAAACAAAUAAUUGGUGGUGAUACUACUCCAAAAAAUGUAUGGUUAGCUGAAAAUAUUGUUGACAUUUUAUCAAUCAAUCGAGCGUGGAUGGAUAAAUCACCAGUUUUGAUUCAAACAACGGUUUUUACAUAUUUGCGUGUAAUUCAGGACCAUUUUCAUCCUUCAUUCGCAGCUGUUCGCCAAAAAGAAGUGACAGUUUGUGUUACGACGCUCAGAGAACACUUUAACGAAUGCAGAGCAAUCGGACGUGAUUUGGUGAGGCUCCUAAUGGGAGUUGCAAGGAUUCCAGAGUUUGAGCGAUUAUGGUCUGAUUUAAUACACAAGCCGCAAAGUUUGGCACCAAAUUUCACCGGCCUACCAUCUUUAGUCCAAACACGUACAUCAAGAAAAUUCUUAGUGUCAAGACUCACAUCUGACAUGGAAUCAAAGGUUGCAUUUUUAUUAUUGAAAGUACGCUUUGGUCAACAGAAACGUUAUCAAGACUGGUUCCAGAGACAAUAUUUAUCCACCCCAGAAAGUCAACUACUACGUGGCGAUUUGAUUCGUUAUAUUUGUGGAUGUGUACAUCCUUCUAAUGAUAUACUAUGCUCUGAUAUAAUUCCACGUUGGGCCGUUAUAGGAUGGCUUCUGUCAAAUUGUACAUCUCGAGUGGCGUCAUCAUAUAGCUAUUUAGCUUUGUUUUGGGAUUGGCUUUUCUAUGCCCCAGAUAAAAACAGUGUCAUGGACAUCGAAGCUGGAGUAUUAGUGAUGUUUAACAGUUUAAGAAAUCAUCCAGCCAUUACAACAACCCUACUAGAUUUCUUGUGUCGUAUUGUCAAAAAUUUUCAUCCCCCUAUGUUCGAUCAAGUACGAGCUGGCGUCAGUACUGCAUUAAAAACAAUUCUCGAGAAGCGUGUUCUUGCUUCCCUUGCCCCAAUUUUUGAUAACCCCAAAUUUGACCCCGAAUUGUUAAAUUUAAUUCGCUCCACAUUUCCUGAGUUUUGUGCUGUUGGUACAGAUGGAAAACCACCGUUACCACCGGACUCUGGUCCGAUGCCUCCACCGCCACCUAGUGACGACAUCAUUGGAGAAGAACCAAUGAUAAUUGAAGAUGACCCUGAUGAGGUCAAAGGUCACAGUAACAUUGGUGAUACAGAAGAAGAAGCGGACUCCUCCGGACAAGAUAGUCUCGCAAUAUUCAGUGAUGAAGAGGAUGAAUCUAACAAACAUCAAGAUGCAUAUUUAUUUCCGCUGGGAGAUUCACCGAAGCUAGAACAUCGAGAUAUUACCGAGGACAUUGAAAAACUUGACGAAACACUCAAAGACCUCGUUACACAAAUGCAGAACUCAACUACAAGCGACACAGAAGAAAAAUGCGAACGUGUUGAGGACAUCAUCGACCACCUUUUGUCCCUUGAAGAAUUUGACGCUGAAGUUUGCACUCCACUUGCUUCAUGUUUGGUUGAACUUUUUUCUGAAAAUUUCAGUCGUUCAAAUUUGCCUGAUGAACUAUCAGAUGAAUAUUUGGCGGGGUGUAUUGAACAACCCCUGUAUGUAAUUUUCCGUAAAUUAUGCCAAGGCCGAGAAGAAGAUGAUUCUUUCAGUGUUUUGCUUUCACUUUUAGCUGAAAUGUAUACUUUACAACAAAGGUUGGGUUAUCAUUUGUUGUUUUAUUUAGCAGUUCCAAACCCUACAUUAAAAGAAAGUAAUUGGAUGGUCUACGAAUCUUUUGCGCAGUCAACGCAACUCGCAGAAACGUAUAAUUGUCUUAUGAUGGACAUGAAGCAUUGCCAAGACGAUGACGUCAAUAUGUUGAUAUACCUAGUUCCGCAUGUUUAUAAACAUUUUCCCGAACAUUGUAUAGACAACGCCGAAUUGUUGAAUAUGAUUGUAGCAGUUUUGGAUUCGGAGCAGUUGCAACGUUUGCAGUGUCUGGCCAUGACUGGCCAAUUAAUUAUGAUGAAAAAAGAUUCUGUUUUGAAUGUUCUCAUGAAAAGUUUAGAAUGGGAAACGUUUGAGCAGUAUAGCACUUGGCACUUAUUAGCUGUUCAUGAUAUUGCCCCUGAUGUAGCCCUUCCAUUAGUGGCUAACUUGUCACAUAGAAAGCACCCGGAAGCUUUAACAAUGUUUCUUUUGCUUUUUCGCCACAAGAAACCAACUCUUGAUAUGGUCCGACACAUCACUGCUCGAAAUUAUCGUGAUAAUGAUAAUUUUGCUUUAUCCCUUUUACGGCAUUGGGUUUUGCACCAUGAGAAUGAAAUAACGGAACAUAUUUGUACACUUUUGAAUAAGAGUAAACCAAGAAGUACGCCUCCUAGAAAAGGACUACGUCAAAGUGUGCGUUCUUCUCAAACCGGACUACUUCAAACGACGCAACCCACGACACUGCAUCUUUUAGGUCAUUUGGAGGAAUUGAGGAAAAACAACUUACCCAAAAGUUGCGGACUUUUCACCCAAGACUCUUUAAUUGCGUCAUUAACGUAUGUUCAAUCGCACUGCGAUGAUAGUGACAAAUUAAAAUUUAGCGAACUUUUUGCUCUCGUUGUUGAAGACUCUGAAGAAGAAACUUUAGUUAAAGAUUUAAGACAUGCAAGGAAGCGCACAAAAUCUACCGCAUCACGAUCUGGAACCAGUGGUGUCACCGCAAGACUCAGACAAACGCAGCCAUCAUAUAAAAAUGAAUCCGAUUCGGGUUCAAACAGCAGUUCUGAUGAAGAGACUGUGGGCAGGAGACGAAAGAAAAGACAGAAAGUCAGUAAAGCAAAUGAUUCAUCUGACAGUGACUAAUGAUCCAGUGUGUGCAAAGUCCAUUGUGGUCUGCCACAAUGCCCCCGAUUUUUUUGGUAGUAUGGACGAAGUAACCUAUUAGCUAUACAAAUGAUGUGAUGCAGGGCUUCCUUGUGGUAGGAAAAUUGACCCCGCAGGGGGGUUGGAGGUAGGAGUUUUGACCUGCAUCGGGUGGUGUUAUCGGAUCGGAUGUAUGUUAUUAUGCCCUCAUUGCGAAGAUACUGUCUCCAGCGUAGUGCAACUUUUCAAUAUUCUAUUUACAGCAUAGUGAAAUCCAAAUUGCUUUCCACGUAGACAUCCUCCCACACUAACAUAUUAAGCUUCAAAUUAAAUACUUUGAUGUGUAUAAUGGUGUUUUCCAUUUAUUUCAACUCAAAUAUAAAAAUAAAGGAACCUAAAAACAUGAA